AGCAGGAAGUGGAGUUGUGAUGUCAACACAUACAUGGAGCAGUCGACAUGGAGCAUCCAGCCUUUUUUAAUACAAAACGUUGAUUUUAGGUUUAAAAGCACUUGUUUGAGAAUGAGAGGGAUUAGCCAUAAAGUGGUGUUGCUAUGCUUGUUGCUACUAUUCGUUAACCCGUGUGUGUCACAGCGAGCUGAGGGGGAAAAGUCGUUGGAGCUCCGUGUAAGAGAUGACGACGACCACAAGGAUACUCCAGUUGACAACCAGCAAAUAUUAAUAAAACAUGAAAAAACAGAUGGACGCGAUUCAAUCAACCCACAGAAGGCUGGACAGCCUGUCAGCAAGUCCAAUGACACUGACAGCUACAGCAAUGAGACCCUCCACUCUACAAAAUCUGUUGUCAAGCCGACGACCCCGGCGCCCCCGACUCCAAAGCCCAUUCUGCCUGUACAGACAGGGGUCAAGGCCCAGGAGGAAGAGCAGUCCAGCGGAUUAACCAUAUUUUUCAGCCUGCUGGUUAUUGGUAUCUGCAUCAUAUUGGUGCACCUGCUUAUCAAGUUCAAGCUGCAUUUUCUUCCAGAGAGUGUGGCUGUCGUCUCUCUCGGGAUUCUAAUGGGAGGAUUCAUUAAGAUCAUUGAAUUCCAGGAACUGGCCAACUGGAAGGAGGAGGAAAUGUUCCGACCCAACAUGUUCUUCCUUUUGCUCCUGCCGCCCAUUAUAUUCGAAUCUGGAUACUCUUUACAUAAGGGUAAUUUCUUCCAGAACAUUGGCUCCAUUACUCUCUUCGCUGUAAUUGGCACAGCUAUCUCUGCCUUCAUCGUCGGAGGGGGGAUCUAUUUCCUUGGGCAGGCGGAUGUGAUCUAUAAGAUGUCAAUGACUGAUAGCUUUGCCUUCGGCUCCCUGAUCUCAGCGGUGGACCCCGUAGCUACCAUCGCCAUCUUUAACGCCCUCAACGUGGACCCGGUCCUCCACAUGCUGGUGUACGGUGAGAGCAUCCUCAACGACGCAGUCUCCAUCGUCCUCACCAACACAGCAGAGGGGUUCUUCUCUCGAUCAGACAACUCCAUGGUAACGGGCUGGGAGACUUUUCUGCAAGCCUUGGGUUAUUUCCUCAAAAUGUUCUUUGGUUCUGCUGCACUGGGAACCCUCACUGGACUCAUCUCGGCUCUUUUUCUAAAACACUUUGACCUGAGGAAGACUCCUUCACUGGAGUUUGGUAUGAUGAUCAUCUUCGCCUAUCUUCCCUACGGCCUGGCAGAAGGCAUCAAACUGUCUGGAAUAAUGUCCAUCCUGUUUGCGGGGAUCGUGAUGUCUCACUACACCCAUCACAACUUGUCUCCUGUCACUCAGAUCCUCAUGCAGCAGACGCUGCGCACAAUGGCCUUCAUGUGUGAGACAUGUGUGUUUGCCUUCCUUGGUCUCUCCAUCUUCAGCUUCCCUCAUAACUUUGAAAUAUCUUUCGUCAUCUGGUGCAUAGUUCUGGUUCUUCUCGGCAGAGCGAUAAACAUCUUCCCCCUGUCGUUCCUGCUGAAUUUUUUCCGAGACCACAAGAUCACACCCAAAAUGAUGUUCAUCAUGUGGUUUAGUGGUUUGAGAGGUGCGAUCCCCUACGCUCUGAGCCUCCAUCUGGGCCUGGAGCCCAUUGAAAAACGGCAGCUGAUCGGCACCACCACCAUCAUCAUCGUCCUCUUCACCAUCCUCCUCAUGGGGGGCGGGACCAUGCCUCUCAUUCGCAUCAUGGACAUCGAGGAGAGCCAGUCGCGGCGCAAAAGCAAGAAAGACAUCAAUCUCAGCAAGACACAGAAAAUGGGGAACACCAUCGAGUCGGAGCACCUAUCAGAACUGACGGAGGAGGAGUACGAGGCUCAUAUCUACCAGAGACAAGAUCUGAAGGGCUUUAUGUGGCUUGAUGCUAAAUAUCUUAACCCCUUCUUCACUCGCAGGCUCACCCAAGAGGAUUUGUUACAUGGCCGUAUCCAGAUGAAGACCUUGACCAACAAGUGGUACGAAGAAGUUCGCCAGGGACCGUCAGGCUCUGAGGAUGAAGAAGACGAAGCAGAACUUCUGUGAACCGAACAAACACGUCAGUUCAUAAGAUGGAAAUGAAAGGACGUCGUGUGUCCUGGACAGAGGGAGCGUCUGUUUGAACAAGCCCUCUUUUCACUGUCCGUCACAUGCACUUCUUGUUUGUUCACCUGCCACCAAGUCUCAGUCAGGCUAGGGUUGUCACCAUACUAAGAUUUUCAACUUGAUACCGAUACUCAGGAAAAUAAUCAAAACUCGAUACCACCAGGAUAAAAAACAAAGACCCCAAAAUGUAGCAGAAAUAUUUUUAUUAACAAGAAAAAUGCAACAUGUAAAAACUAACAGAACUGGUUGAAUAUUUAUAAUAAAAAAACAACAGGUGUGCAAAAAGAAACUGCAACUAUAUUGGUAAUAAGUAAAUAAAUACAAUAAACAAUAACAAUUAGAACAAUAUUUUGAGGUUGUAUGCUGUGCACAAUAUUAGGCAAGCUUGAUAAGUCGACUUUUCUCUGCUUCAUUCUGGGACUUCAAGAGAGAAAAUAACACUUUUCAUCGAUACUUUUGAAAAUGAGUAUCGUAUCCGGAUACAACGUUUUAGUAUCGAUACUUUUUUGAGUAUCGAUACUUCUGACAACCCUAGUCGGGGCCCACGGGGCGUUUAGUGCACACAGUGAGCAGGAAUGUGUGAAGUUUGAGUAAAACUGGAUUUGAAAACUUUAACACAGAAAGAGGGAAAAACAAAUCUGUGAAAAUGAUAUUUCUAACUUAAAUGCCAUAUUGUUACUCGCUAUCGAAAAGCGGGUCGUUUGUCGGGCCGGGGAAUCUUCCCAGGUGUUUCUUUUAUAAAGUUUAUGGUCUGAAGGGAAGGCGGCGAGGAUGCCGAGAGGGAAAUUUUCUAUGUGAAGCAAUACUACAGCACCUUCUCACUUUUUCUCUUCACUUUUGUAUUGUUCUUCUGUUCGUGGCACUAGUUUAUUUAAGGUCUGCUGGAAGUUUUACUUUGUGUCAGGGGAAGCAUGCAACAUGAUAUCGUUACAGGUUAAAAAAAAAAAGAAUUAAAGUGGGAUUUGCAAUAAGCCACAGGUCGCUGUUUUUAAAUAGCUUCCCGUUGAACUAGAUUGAAUUCUCUCCAGGUCGACACAUUUGUAUGCAUUAAUAAUUCUGAGUCAACACAUAUAUUCAUACAUACGUAAUGAAGAUUCAAUAUCAGACGUGACACGCCAGCUACCACCACACCCUCCAGCAAAGAAGCAAACAAAGGGACAUUUUGAAGAGAGUUAAAGUAAAUGAAACAUCAUGAGUAAAGCUGAUCAUUCUUAAAACAUUAACCCUUAACAGGGCACUCAUUGAAAUACUUGCAAAUUCCACAUUUCAACCCUAGAGAAUAUUGGAGGAUAUUACAUACUGCUAGAAUGUGUAAAAAAAAACAUACGGACCCGGGGGAGGGUAAUAUUUUGAGAAAUACAUUUACGAGAUUAAAGUGACAAAUCUACGGGAAA